GGUUGGGCGCGCGCGGGGGGGCGGGCCACGCCCCUUCCGGCUGACGCCACUUCCGGCGCGCGGCGGGAAGGAAGAUGUCGGGGCUGAGGCUGGAGCUGGGUCCGGCCAAGGAGCCGCUGGGGCUGGUGCGGGGCCUGCAGUGGUUUUUCUCCAUUUUUGCUUUCGCCACCUGUGGGGGUUACAGCGGCACCGUCACCUUCUUGAUCGGUUGCGAUGGCCAACCCAACGUCACCGUCACCGCCCCUUUCUCCUACCCCUUCCGGUUGAACCAAGCCACCUUCACGCCCUCGUUGACCAAGCUGUGCAACAAAACAUGGCAGUCGGACGUCCACCUGGUUGGCGAUUUUUCUUCUUCGGCUCAGUUCUUCGUCACGGUGGCUGUCUUCGCCUUCCUCUACAGCAUGGCCGCCCUCGCCCUCUACUUGGGUUAUCUCCACCUCUACCGUGGGGCUGGUGGGAAGCUGCCCUUGGUGGAUUUCUUGGCCACCGUGGCCUUCUCCUUCCUGUGGCUGGUGAGCUCCUCGGCGUGGGCCAAGGCCCUCACGGAUGUGAAGGUGUCGACAACGGCCCCCAUGCCUGACUGCCAACACCCCGUCGCCUGUUUUCCCGCGGGUGUCACCCCCAUGGGGUCCCUCAACGUUUCUGUGGUCUUUGGUUUCCUCAACUUGGUGCUCUGGGUUGGAAGCUCUUGGUUUGUCUACAAGGAGACCAACUUCCACCGCCCGGCUGCGCCGCCCCCCGCCGUCACCCCCACCGCCGUGCCGGCCGCCAUGUAACCCCGCCCCCCCCGUCCCGCUCCCCCGGCGCGCUUCUACGGCGCGUGUCACUUCCUUCUUCCCAACCUCAUCCUCACCACGUGGUUGUCACCAGCGCCGGCUUGAGUCCUUCUCCAGGGAGAUGCCACCAGAUUUUUUUUUUUUUUUGGUUCUUUGGGUGGUUUUUGGGUGUUUUAUUUCGGUAUUGCUAAAUUUGGUGUGUUUUGGGGCAAUUUGGGUGGGUUUUGUUUUUUUUUUUUUUUUAAAAAGCUUAUUUUAUUGCCGGAAGGGACGCGUGCUACCCGGUGGGAGGCGCCGGUGAGGCCACCUGAAGAAGAAGGUCAGAGCGUUCUUCAGGGCGGGGUGGGUGCGGUCCAACUGCGACCGCCGCGUGGGUUGGGUGUUGGGCGGUGGCCCGCCGACGCCGCGGCGUCCACCCCACGGCACGGGCAUGGCUGGGCGGCGUUGGUUUGGUGUCUUCCGGUUGGCCCCAGGCACGGAUCAACCGUGGUUGGAGCAGGGUGAGGUGGGUACGUGGGAGAUGAUGUCAGAGCGAUCUUGACUUCGCUUGGGUCCUUCUUCGAGCUCUUGAAGUGCGUAGGGAUUGGUCAAGUCGGUCUUGACUUGGUUUGAGUGUCGGUUGGGAUUGGUCGUGUCUUACUGUCUUCUGGUAGAACUCCGUUGAUCGUUGGUGGUUGGUUGGUGGUGUGGACCUGGGGUUGGUCAUCAGUGCUGGGAUUGGAUGAGGCCUUGAUUGGCCCAUUGGUUUGAGUAGGGAUUGGGCAAGUUGAUCUUGGACUCGGGUUGAUCUAGACCAGCUUCGGGUUGGUCUCGUCUCAUUGGCUCGUUGUAGAUCUCGGUUGACCUUUGGUGGUUGCUUGAUCCAGACCUGGGAUUGGUCAUCACUAGCGGGGUUGGACCAAACCUGGAUUGGCCAAGAUCUGAGUUGAGUUGGUCAAGAGCAGGGUUGACCGUUAGUACCUGACCGGAUCCAGAUCUAGAGAUGACUGUUGGUGGUUGGCUCGGAGCAGAUCUGGACUGGCCUCUUCCGAUUGGUCCAGUCCAAAGCCCAUUUGGUUCUUACUGGUUGCUUUGAUCAAGACACUGAUUGGUUGUUCGGUGGUUGAGUUGGUUUUGGCUUUGGUUGGGUUCUUCCAAGCCUGGUUGGGUCAUGGUGGUUGGCUCAGCCCAGACCUUGGUCUCUUCCUGUUGGCUCCUUCAAGACCAGGAUUGACCAUCAGGUUGCACCAAGGUUGGGUUGGCAUCUUCCCAGUUGGGUGGGUCAAGGCCUGGUUGGGCCAUCGUGGUUGGCUCAGACAAGGUUGCCAGACCCAACUUGGCUUUCUCUGAUUGGUCUAUUUCUGACCUACGUUAAUCAUUGAUGGUUGAGUAGAUGGAGACCUACCGGUGGCUUGGUUGCUCCGGACUUACCUUGGCCUCUUCCAGUUGAGUCCUCCUCAACACACGUUGACCACCGACGGUCAUCUUCAUCCACACUUACUCCAGGUUGAGUUACCCUCAACCUCUUCUUCCUCUCAGGGCUCCACCCAUGGGUGUCAUGACACCCUUAGCACCCUCUACCCGGGUCAACCAAACACUACAGUCCCCACCACCCUCCUCUUCCUCAGCUUCUUCAUCUUCUCGGUGGGUAGAGUUCAGGUGACCGAAGUUCAAGGUCAUCUCCACUGGCUUCUCCCCACCCAUCCCCAAUUUCUUGCUCUUAUGGGAAUGGCCCCGCCCCCAAAACUCCACCUCUUCUCCAGGAUAGGACGGGGGGUGUCUCUUGUCCCGCCCUCCUGCCCCACCCCCUUUUCUGCAACUGCCUCAAUAAAGAGAUUAUUGUAGAA